GACUGCAGACAUAGUACAGGAGAUGACCAGAGACUGCGGACACAGUACAGGGGAUGACCAGAGACUGCGGACACAGUACAGAAGAUGACCAGAGACAUGCGGACACAGUACAGGAGAUGACCAGAGACUGCAGACACAGUACAGGAGAUGACCAGAGACUGCGGACAUAGUACAGGAGAUGACCAGAGACUUUCAAUGGGGACAUUAGGACGAUAAACCUUAUCUCCAGCCAGGGGCGAACUGACCAUUUGGAAACUCGGGCACUGUCCGAGGGCCCAGGGUCAG